AUUUCAGUUUGCAUCCGAGAGUCUGAAAGACAUGAUCAACAGGCGGAAGGAAUACUGUUGCGAUAAAAAUGGUGGUAAUGUCAUAUAAGAAGAUUGCAGGUUUUAAUUUGGGGAAUAUGAACUGUGCGUGGUGCAAGGUGUACAGUUUUUGGUGUUCUGAGAUCGCGCGAGAUGUACAGAAUAUAAUGUCGGUGAAGAUCAAUUAGUGAGGAUGGUAGGCUGGUUGUUCAGAGCACAUGGGGAACUGUGCGCAUCCCACCCCUGGGAGGUGAUAGUAGCCACCCUCACCCUUACAGUGUGCAUGCUGACGGUAGACCAGCGACCCCUGGGGCUUUCGCCAGACCCACACAUGGGCUGUGGGUGGAGACACGACUGCGUCGGGCUGGAGGAUUAUAAUGCUGCUGACGUGAUUGUUAUGACGCUGAUCCGAUGUGUGGCCAUCCUGUACAGUUACUAUCAGUUCUGCCAUCUUCAGAAACUUGGUUCGAAGUAUAUCCUUGGGAUUGCAGGCCUGUUCACGGUCUUUUCCAGCUUUGUGUUCAGUUCCAGUGUCAUCAACUUUCUGGGUAGCGACGUUUCUGACCUCAAGGAUGCGCUUUUUUUCUUCCUGCUGCUAAUUGACCUGUCGAAGGCGACGGUUCUUGCCCAAUUUGCGCUGAGUUCUCGCAGUCAAGAUGAGGUGAAGCACAACAUAGCGCAUGGAAUUGCCAUGCUUGGACCCACCAUUACGCUCGACACGCUUGUUGAGACUCUAGUCAUUGGGGUGGGAACUCUGUCAGGUGUGCGGCGUCUUGAGGUGCUGUGUUGCUUUGCCUGCAUGUCGGUGGUUGUGAACUACAUUGUGUUCAUGACAUUCUACCCCGCCUGCCUCUCGCUUAUUUUGGAGCUGUCGCGGAGUGGUGAGAGCGGCCAGCCUGCUUGGCAAGACAAGUCCCUUAUUAUGCGUGCGCUGCAUGAGGAGGACCAGAAGCCAAACCCAGUGGUGCAGCGUGUGAAGGUCAUCAUGUCAGCUGGACUGAUGCUGGUACAUGCUCACAGUCGCUGGUCAUUCGCUAGUGAAGCAGAGGAUCUUCCUGUGGGGAACCUGGUGACCGGCAAUUCAGCUGGGAGUUUGAAUGGCACCGAAGACACCAUGAUCUUUCAGGGAUAUAUUUUGAAGUGGCUCACUGUGAAUGCUGAUCACAUUGUGAUCCUGAUCUUGCUGCUCGCCCUGGCCGUCAAGUUUGUAUUCUUUGAGGUGAAGGAUGAGCUGACCAAGUGUCGACCAAGCGAGUAUACAGGUGCUCACAAAAGACUGAUGGGUGUCGAGGGUUGGGUGGAGGUGAGUGGCUCCUCCCCACAAGCAGAGGACAUUGUCUCUGUGCCCUGUGAGCACAAGAGCGUGCAGACAGAGGAACCUGAGGAGCCCAUCCACCAGACUGCCUCCUCUGAGCCACUGCAAGAGGAUGACAGUAAAGGGGCACCACCCACUGAGGACAGGAGCGUGGACGAGUGUCUCAAGGUCUACAAGUCUGAGGCUGGAGCACGUGCUCUGAGUGACUCAGAGGUGAUGACUCUCGUGGCUUGUGGCCAUGUGCCCAGCCAUCAGCUGGAGAAAGUGGUGGGAGACCCUGAGAGAGGUGUGUGCAUAAGGCGCAAGAUCCUGAACAGAACUGCCAACCUACAUGGUGCAUUGACCCAUCUGCCAUAUCAGCGUUACGACUAUUCCAAGGUGAUGGGUGCCUGUUGUGAGAAUGUGAUCGGCUACAUGCCCGUACCUGUUGGGGUGGCAGGCCCCUUACUGCUUGAUGGCCGCCUGGUGCACGUGCCACUUGCCACCACAGAGGGCUGCCUUGUGGCCAGCACCAACAGGGGCAGCCGAGCUCUCAUGCGUUGUGGCGUGACCUCCCGCGUCGUGGCUGAUGGCAUGACCCGUGGACCCGUUGUUCGCUUCCCAAACAUCAGCAGAGCUAGUGAGGCCAUGCUGUGGAUGCAGGCACCCCAGAACUUUAGUGCAAUGAAGGAAAGUUUUAACUCCACUAGUCGUUUUGCACGUCUCUCCAAGAUUCACAUCCGCAUUGCUGGUCGUUACCUCUUUAUUCGCUUUGUGGCUACGACGGGCGAUGCUAUGGGAAUGAAUAUGCUGUCCAAGGGCACAGAGGUGGCGUUGGAAUUCGUGCAAGAGACGUUCUCUGACAUGGAGAUCCUGAGUCUUAGUGGAAACUUCUGCACGGACAAGAAGCCUGCAGCUGUCAACUGGAUUGAGGGGCGAGGCAAAUCUGUGGUGUGUGAGGCAGUUGUGCCGGCAGACGUGGUGAGUUCAAUUCUCAAGACUAAUGUUCAGGCCCUUGUGGAUGUCAACAUCACGAAGAAUCUUAUUGGCUCAGCUGUGGCUGGCAGUGUUGGCGGCUUCAACGCGCACGCUGCAAACGUUGUCACAGCCAUUUUCAUCGCGACAGGACAGGACCCAGCUCAGAACGUGGGUAGCAGUAAUUGCAUGACACUGAUGGAGCCGUGGGGAGAAGAUGGCAAAGACCUCUACGUGUCCUGCACAAUGCCUUCCAUAGAGAUUGGCACUGUUGGUGGAGGUACAGUGUUACCACCACAAGCAGCAUGUCUCGAGAUGCUUGGUGUGCGAGGAGCAAACAAGGUGUGUCCUGGGGAAAAUGCCAACAUGCUGGCCCGCAUAGUGUGCGGAACUGUACUUGCUGGUGAACUGUCGCUAAUGUCAGCACUGGCAGCGGGCCAUUUAGUGCGUAGCCACUUGCAGCACAACAGGGCAUCGACGGGUACAUCAGAUUGCGGAGCAGGUAGCCUCGCUUCCUGUAAGGGCAAGUCCUGAAAGCCCCGACCAGUGCGGUACACAAUAGUUACUUCUCCAUGAUGCAUGUUAUGCUGUUGAGUGUGGUUAAGUGAACAUAAUGGGAGAGGCUUUAAUGAAUGUAUGGAUGAGAAAUGUGAUGUGCACAAAUUGAUAAUAACUGUACCUUUAUUGAACACAGACAUUCUACAACAUAUAGAAGUUCAUUUAUCUUCAUUAAAUUAUUAGUAUAUAUACACA